AUGAGUGACCAGCAACAACAAUGGUUCCAUUCCUUCAUCUUCAAGCCCUGCAUCCUAAAGGAUGAGAAGCCCCUCAACGACAUCACCAACACUGUUUUGUCUUCCUCUCCUCCCAGAGGCUCGGCUUCUCCUACUGUCGCCGGAUCACCUCGUCUCCCAGCUCCGCUUGCUACUCCCAUGAUCAAGAAGGUAUCUUUUGUCUCCGAGGAUAGUCCUCACGCGUCGGCUCCUGCUGAGCCUUACCACAUCGACACUUAUCGGUUCGACAUGUGGCAGCAGUGGCGUAGAGCGGUGAAAGUUUUAAACGACUUGGAACCUCAGCUCUCCAACCAGUACUUGGUUCCCGAGGUGCAUUCGCAAUACUAUCACCACUACGAGCGAGUGUGUGAGCGUGAGCGUGUUUUUUUUGCUGAGCUGAGUCGGCUGACCGUGCCCUCUCCUGGCCCACCCUUGCACGCCUGUCCCAAUCUGUUGGCGAUUCAAGCUGACAGGCGUGACACCCAGGCAGCUAUCGAUGCCGCCUGGAAUGCUUUUAACACGACUCAGCUAGCUGCUUGGCGCUCUUUUCAGGAGUCACAGCGUGCAAGUAGCGAUGCAUAUAGCAAGGCCACGGAGAUGUGGGAACGACAACUGAAGAAGUAG